AAACAAGUGAAAGAGGAAAUUUUAAAAAAGGAACAAAGCAAAAUUAAACCAAUGAUUACACACAAACCACAACAAGUCAGCAGCAUGUUUUUCUCUCAUAACGAAGCCCUUGGACCUCCAUACAGAAUUCUUCUAGAUACCAACUUUAUUAACUUUUCAAUCCAAAACAAACUUGACAUUAUCAAAGCUGGUAUGGAUUGUCUUUAUGCUAAAUGCAUUCCUUGUAUCACAGAUUGUGUCAUUGCAGAAUUGGAGAAACUUGGACCAAAGUUUAAAGUAGCUCUCCGAGCUGCUAAAGAUCCUCGUUUUGUUAGACUAAAAUGCACACACAAGGGUUGUUAUGCUGACGAUUGUAUUGUGAAUAGAGUUAGUGCCAAUCCUGUUUAUAUUGUUGGAACUUGUGACAAGGAUUUAAAAAGAAGAUUAAGAAAAAUUCCUGGCGUUCCUCUAAUGUACAUAAGAAGUAGACAAUACACUGUUGAAAGACUUCCA